CUUAUCCCCCUUUCACUUCCACGCCUACAGCCUGGCACUCCACUCCGUCUUCCUUCUCCGUCUUCGAUUUACAUGGAUUCGCUCUUCACCGCCAAACCCUACGGCCUGGUAGCGUCUAGUGCCGCUUCCAGUUUCCACCUCCAAAGCUUGUCUCGUAGAGAUUUCGUUGAGUGUGGCAUUCAGUUCAGAUCCUCUGGCCUCCGAUACCGAGUUUUACGCGGGAAGCUUGGGUUUCAGAUCCUUUCCCCCCGCCGCGUGACAUUCCAGGAUCCCGUCUUACAGAGCUCCAUUAUUGUGAUAGCCGCGACGAUUGCUGCCUGCGCAGCAAUUAAACCGGUCCACUUUAGUCGUAAUAGAGGAGGAUGCAGCGAUGAGGAAAUUGACGGUGAGUGUUUGCAACAGGAAAUCUCUGAUGUUUUGGUGUGCAGCGAGCAGUCCCAUGACAUUGACAUUCCAGAGAAGGAAUGCACUCGGAAACAGGUUUUGUCAAGUGAAGCCCUUUAUAAAUUGCCUUCUAUUUGCAAUAGAAUGAAUGUUGCUUGUAGAUACCCCGAAGAAAUUUCUACGACAAAGGAUCAUACCUUUGUUUGUAAAGAUGAUGAACUCUUGAACUCUCAGACAACAGGGUUAUCUCUAGAUGUGUUAAAUAAAGAAUUGCAUCGAGUUGAUCAACCUGUUACUCUUUUCCCAACUGCUAGUAUGUUGGCCCAAACCAAAGUUUUAUCAAGGGAGACAGGUAGUCUUGUUUUGGAUAAGCCAGACAUCUUGCCAGGAAAGCAAGAAAAAGCUCUUUCAGGUAGUAACUUGCAGUCUUUGCAGGCUUUUCACAUAUCUAAUUUUUUUGUGCUCCCAGUUAAGAGCAAUCAAAGGGAAUCCAGUCAAAAUAAUUGUAAUGGGAUGCAACAACAUAUUGCUAAUGACAGUGAGCUUUUGGAUUCAAACCACAGUGUAGAUCACCAUAAGUCUGCCAAAGAGGCUUAUGAUUGUGAAAAAGAACAAAUUGGGUUCAGGUCUUUAUCAUGCUUUAAUAGCUUGAACAAUAAAACUUUCAAUUUCAUUCUUCGGAGUGACAGUGGUUAUUAUGACCUCAAGCAUUCAGUGAAGGAGGCAGAAGUCCUUGAGAAAGAUUCUUCAAGACUUGCAGCAAAUUCUGAUUUUUCAGAACGACAGGUCUUUUUUUGGUGCUUUAAUAAAGCUUGCAAUAGUAAUAAGAUGGAAAGACCCGAUCGCCUUCGCUCUACACAUGAUAUUGAUAGAAGUCUGAUAUGGAAAAAAGAUAUAAAAGACUCAUCUAGAUUCUUUCAACCAAAUGGAGGUCUUAUAAAAGGUUCAAGCAGCAUCAAAACUUGCUUAAGAACCUAUGAAUGUUUAUUAAGGGAUACAAGAUUGAAAGACUGUUUGGAUUUGUUGGAGAGUAUGAAAAGGAAGGGAUUUUUGGAUUUGGACAAGGUCCAUCACAUAAGUUUUCUUAAUGCUUGUAAGAGCCAAAAGGCAGUCAAAGAGGCCUUUCGCUUUUGUAAACUGAUCAACAAGCCGACUGUGAGCACAUUCAAUAUGCUUUUAUCUGUCUGUGCAAACUCACAGGAUUUUGAUGGAGCUUUUGAAGUGAUGCUGCUAAUGAAAGAGGCUAGGCUGAAGCCUGAUUGUAAACUUUACACCACUUUGAUAUCUGCUUGUGGAAAAUGUGGAAAAGUUGACGCCAUGUUUGAAGUUUUCCAUGAAAUGGUUAAUGCUGGAGUUGAGCCGAAUGUCAACACAUAUGGUGCUUUGAUUGAUGGCUGUGCUAGAGCCGGACAAAUCGCCAAAGCAUUUGGCGCAUAUGGAAUUAUGAGAUCCAAGAAUGUACAACCAGAUCGAGUUGUAUUCAAUGCACUGAUCACUGCAUGUGGUCGUGCAGGUGCACUUGAUCGUGCUUUUGAUGUCUUAGCUGAGAUGAGAGGUGAACCAAAGCCAGUAGACCCUGAUCAUGUUACUAUUGGUGCCUUGGUGAAAACUUGUAUUCAAACUGGUCAGGCCAAACGGGCACGUGAAGUGUACAAAAUGCUUCAUCUAUUUAACAUAAAGGGCACCCCCGACGUUUACACAAUUGCUGUCAAUAGCUGCUGUGAGAAUGGUGAUUUGGAAUUUGCCCUUAGCAUAUAUGAUGAUAUGAAAAAUAAUUGUGUUUUGCCUGAUGAGAUGUUUCUGAGCACAAUUAUAGAUGUUGCUGGCCAUGCUCAAAAUAUAGAUGCUGCAUUUGCCAUUCUAAAAGAUGCCAAGAACAGAGGAAUACUUGUUGGAAGCAUGACGUACAGCUCACUUAUGGGGGCUUGUUGCAAUGCAAAAAACUGGAAGAAAGCUCUGGAGUUGUAUGAGGAUAUUAAAGCUAUCAAGUUGCUUCCGACAGUUUCAACACUAAAUGCUUUGGUCACCGCUUUAUGUGAUGGUGACCAGUUGACAAAAUCUGUUGAAGUUCUUAAUGAAAUGAAGGAAGUAGGAGUACUGCCUAAUGUCGUCACAUAUUCCAUUCUCACUGUGGCAUGUGAAAAGAAGGAUGAAGCUGAACUUGGAUUUGCAAUUCUCUCAAAAGCAAAAACAGAUGGAAUUCUACCAAAUCUCAUUAUGUGUCGGUGUCUUACUGGUAUGUGCCUGCAAAGUUAUGAAAAGGAUUGCUCUCGUGAUGAACCUAUUAUUUCUUUUAACUCUGGAAAGCCACAAAUUGAUAGUAUAUGGACAUCACGAGCAAUAAUGGUGUAUCGUGAAACAAUUUCAUCUGGCGAGAUACCGACAAUUGAAGUGUUUUCUCAAGUUUUGGGAUGCCUGCAGUUUCCUCUCAACCCUUUAUUAAGAAAUAGCUUUAUUGAGAACAUGGGAAUAAGCUUUGAUACAUCAGGAUGCUCAAAUAUUUCUUCUUAUUUGCAUGGGUUUGGAGAAUAUGACACGAGGUCGUUUUCUGUGCUUGAGGAAGCUGCAUCAUUACGAGUUGUACCAAGGGUUUCCUAUAAAGAAAGUCCAAUUGUUUUAGAUGCAAGGAAGCUACUACUACAUACAGUUGAGGUUUAUAUCUUAACAAUUUUGAAAGGUUUGAAGCAUCGGUUAGCUGCUGGUGCUAGAUUACCUUAUAUAACUAUACUCUUGCCCAGAGGAAAGACAGUAAUUCAAUCUCCUAUAGGAGACAGAUCAGUCUAUAUUGCUACGAGGGUCGGUCAAGCAGUUGGAUCUUUACUGAGGCGAUUGGGGCUACGGUAUCAGGGAGAUGAAUCUCAUGGUAAAAUAAGAAUAAAUGGCCUCACUUUAAAAAGGUGGUUCAAGCCUAAACAUGCCAGCAGUUCUAUAAAUGCAAGACAUGGAGAUUUGAUUCUGGCAUCCGAACGGCUCGCCAAAGGCAUAGCCGACCAACAGCGCAAAAUACGGAGCAAAAACUUGUCGCUGGAGUAAUUCUUCAUCUUUCAUGGUAUCAUUUUGAUUAUUUGAAUUUAUCCCAAUAUGAUUAUUUCACUUUGCAUAUACAUUUUCUGAUGCAGUCACGUUGGACAUAAAGUGAGUCGUAAAACUAGUAGAUUUGCUUUAAGAUGAAUGCAGUUCGAUUUAUUUUCAAAGCAAAUGCAACGGCUAUGAGGCUUGUAUUGACCAAAGUUAAUCAGGCUUUAUGUUGUUAAUAGUUUAGCUCAGCUGGAACAUGAUAA